CGCUCCACGACUACGGUUGUACUUGCCACUUCAUAAGCCUACUGUAAUAGUUGGAAGAACAAUACCAAGAGUUAAACGUUCUUUGGUACGAAAUAUGAGCAUGGCUAUCGCAUCAGGAUGUCAGUUUACCGGUGGCCGUCACUGUGAAAGCUCACGGCUGCAGUUUGGAAUCCAGGUCCAUAAUUGAUCUGUUGCCAAUUAAAUGCUAGGCGAUUUCCGGACAUGGAGAUAACGACUGCGCUCAUUGAUUUCUAGUCUCGAUAUACUUCUCCCUCACAUAAUGUCUCCCAUAGACACGCAGCCCACACAGCUGCAGCGUAUCCGCCUCAACCCCUUUGAGCGUGUAGUCGCUCUCACUGCUGGAGCCUCUCUAAUCGGCGCAGUCGGCGGCGGUUACCUGGGUGGACAAUUGGCUGGCCGGCAGUACCUGGCUGAGCGCGCACACCGUCUGCCCAAGACCGCCGACGGCUGGUUCUUUUACCAGAAAUGGAAGAACUACCGAGUAACCUAUGGCGGCUUCAAGGGCGCAGUCAGAUAUGCGAGCAGGAUCGGCGGGUGCGUUUUGGCGUUCGCAACGAUUGAGGCGAUGGUCGAUCGAGCAGUGGGCGAAGCACAGGCAUUGAGCUCGGCGAUUGCUGGUGUCACGACUGCUCUCGGGGUGUCGCUGCUGGUCAAGCUCCCGCGGUCGAGUGCUAAGCGGGCUGGCCUUGCCGGGCUGGCGGUUGGGCUGACAAAUGGGCUGAUUCAGGACGGGCUUAGGUGUGCGCAGCAGCCGACGCCACCGUCGUACAUUUCCUGGCUAUCGAAACAAACAUCGCAGCGAUCAAAGACGGAAAUGUGAUUAAAAUGAAGUCUGA